AUGCAAUUUAAAAGAAGCACCAUUGAAUUUUUGUAAAUAUCGACUUAAAUUAUCUUCAGACUUAUCAGUUGUCAAAGUGGUUAUUAUUUAAAUUAUAAUUUUUCUUGCAUCUCAUCUUGUGAUAAUGGAAUACUUGCACAUGAUGAACAGUGCGAAAUUAAUAAUCAAAAUUGUUUAAGUUGCAUAUUUGAUGUUCCAAAAUUAUGUAAAUUAUAUUUAGAAGAUCAUUGUUAUGAAUGUGAAAAUGGAUAUUAUAUUAAUUAUUAUACAAAUACUUGUGAAUCUAAGUGUGGAGAUGGAAUAAUAGUUCAUAAUGAAGAUUGUGAAGAUAAUAAUUAUAUCGAAUUUGAUGGUUAUUAUUAUUGUAAAUAUUUUUGUAGCUAAUAUUGUUUAUAUUGCAUAAAUGGAGUAUGUUAAGAAUGGAACUAAAAUUAUUAACUUUGGGAUGCAUUUUGUUAUAUUAAAGAGAAUUAAAUUGAUGACUUCCAUGAAUGCGAAUUAAGGUGUUUGUAUUUCUGA